UCAACCAGGAAGAUUUAAACAUAUUAUGCAGUAAUUGCGCACUCCUAAUAUUUUCUAAGUAAUGAUUUGAAAAUUAACAUGAACGUAUUUGACUUAAAGAAUGACAAUUGCAAGCGCCCUGUGCCAAGGAAUAGACAACUUUGUCGAAUGUUCAGUAGCCGUGCGGAUAGCUUUUUUUCUUAUACCUGUGGCAGUUGUUCUUCAAGCAUUUGGAGUUGGAACAGCGGCAUGGUCAAAUUCAGAUUCUUCGCGUCAAGGUCUUUGGACGUAUUGUUAUGACGAAAGAGAAUUUUCGUGCUGUGAAAGUAUUUAUGAUAAAACAGGAGAAACACCAGUUUGGUUGAUUUCAACACAAGUGUUUCAAUGUAUUUCAUGUUGCAUGGGUUUGAUUACCUUGGUAAUGUUUGUAUUACUAACAUGUGUUACAAAAACAAUGCAGAAAAGUAAAGUCAGUUAUACCACCAUAGUAUUUUGUACGAUGACAGGAUUUUGUUUGAUGGUGAGUGUAAGUAUCUAUGGUGACAAUUACCGGGAUUCACACUGGUUGGACGAUCAUCAGCUGUCUGGUUCCUUUAUUAUUGUUCUCAUUGCUUUCUUCCUGCACUCUGUAGUUGCAGUUAUUUUAUUGGUUACUGAAUGUCAAGAUCGACCUUCUUCCAGGAUAUACCCAAAUGAAACAAGACAAGCACCUGUUCAACCUUCAGCUCCGCCUUUGCCAGUGAUCCCACCUACCUCAGCUACCAAUCAAAACUUAUCUACAGACCAAAACGAAUGUAUAAUCUGCAUGGAAAGACCAAAGCAAACUAUUUUUCUGGACUGUGGACAUAUUGCUUGUUGUGAUAUAUGUUCAAAUACAUUGAUGUCUAGUGAAAGAAAAUGUCCAACAUGCAGAACGUUCAUUCGAGAAAGCAGACGCUAUUAUAACGCAUGACCAGAUGUUUUUUUCUUGAAUCGUGGACCGAAAGAAACAAGACAAAUCAUUGCGAAAUUAUUACAAUGCUUCAAUAUAUAACCGAAAUAUAUUGUAAAAUGUGUAUAAUUAAAAACUAUUAUAAAUUCUAUCAUGCAAGGCACCAAAGCAAACGAAAGAAGGUAAAACUCAUCAUUGAAGGGCAAUAACUCUAAAUAGAAGGUGUUGGACGAUUUCCUCGUUGAUCUUGUCUUGCUUAUUAUUUAGUCUUUAGUUUUUCUCUACCUUCUUCACUUUUUGCCAAAUCACAAAAUAGAUGACAUUCUACUAACGUGUAUUAGCAAAAUUUAACUUGUCAGUAUAUCUUGCCUUGUUGUUAAUUUAGUGAUAUAAAGUGUCUAUUUAUCGAUCUUGUUAUUUUUAUCACGCAAGGCAUCAACGCCAAAUAAAUGGUAAAUAAAGGCAACAGUAGUA